UAGCCUCUCAAGGAGUGUGCACAUGCUCAGUAGCAAAAUGGGCCCUUUUUUGAUGCUGGGCUCGUUUUCAUAAUUCAGCGGCGGAUCUCCGGUGUUGCUUCGUUUCUCUUCCCAAACGUGCUGGUGAAUUUCGCUUUGGUCAUGUCACCUUUGGCCAAUCACUUCUGGCUAUAAUCCCGGAGAGGCAGGGGAGGCUGGGCCAUCCCGGCGUCUCUUUUCCUGCUAGCGGUCAACUUUCAUCCUGGGCUUCAAGUCCCCACGAUGAAGUUUUUCUUGGCAAUUGUUGUGGUUGCUUUUUUCUUAUAUAUUGGGGAAGUCUGUUCCAAAGAGAAAUCUUCAAAGAAAGGAAAAGGGAAAAAGAAGCAAUAUCUCUGUCCUUCACAGCAAUCAGCUGAAGACCUUGCAAGAGUACCAGCUAAUUCUACAAGUAACAUCUUAAAUAGACUUCUGGUUAGUUAUGAUCCCAGGAUAAGACCAAAUUUCAAAGGAAUUCCAGUGGAUGUAGCAGUGAAUAUUUUCAUUAACAGUUUUGGAUCAAUACAAGAAACAACUAUGGAUUACCGAGUUAACAUCUUCUUAAGACAGAAAUGGAAUGAUCCUCGGCUUAAGUUGCCCACUGAUUGGAAAGGAUCUGAAUCACUAACAGUGGACCCUACCAUGUUUAAAUGUCUGUGGAAGCCUGAUCUGUUCUUUGCAAAUGAAAAGAAUGCUAACUUCCAUGAUGUCACUCAAGAAAAUAUUCUCCUAUUUAUAUUCCGUGAUGGAGAUGUCCUAGUCAGCAUGAGAUUAUCUGUUACUCUCUCAUGCCCAUUGGAUUUAACUUUGUUUCCUAUGGAUACACAGCGUUGCAAAAUGCAAUUGGAGAGCUUUGGUUACACUACUGAUGAUUUACGAUUUAUCUGGCAAUCUGGUGAUCCUGUUCAACUGGAGAAAAUUGCUUUGCCCCAGUUUGAUAUUAAAAAAGAAGAUAUUGAAUAUGGCAACUGUACCAAAUACUACAAAGGGACUGGCUAUUACACAUGUGUAGAAGUGAUCUUCACUCUGAGAAGACAAGUUGGCUUUUACAUGAUGGGUGUCUAUGCUCCUACACUGCUAAUUGUUGUGCUUUCAUGGUUAUCAUUCUGGAUAAAUCCUGAUGCAAGUGCUGCAAGAGUACCAUUGGGCAUUUUUUCAGUGCUCAACUUGGCAUCAGAAUGUACUACCCUUGCUGCUGAACUCCCCAAAGUGUCUUACGUGAAGGCCUUAGAUGUAUGGCUGAUUGCAUGCCUUCUAUUUGGAUUUGCUUCAUUGGUUGAGUAUGCAGUGGUCCAAGUCAUGCUGAACAAUCCAAAACGAAUUGAAGCUGAAAAAGCAAGGAUUGCUAAGGCAGAGCAAGCAGAAGGGAAAGGUGGAAAUGUUGCCAAAAAGAAUACUGUGAAUGGCACAGGUACCCCAGUGCACAUCAGUACUUUACAGGUUGGGGAGACUCGAUGCAAAAAAGUUUGUACCUCCAAGUCUGAUCUGAGAUCCAAUGAUUUCAGCAUUGUUGGAAGCUUGCCAAGAGAUUUUGAAUUGUCAAAUUAUGACUGUUAUGGAAAACCCAUUGAAGUCAACAAUGGUCUUGGGAAGUCUCAGACAAAGAACAACAAGAAGCCUCCUCCUCCCAAACCUGUCAUCCCGUCAGCAGCAAAGCGAAUUGAUCUUUAUGCAAGAGCACUAUUUCCAUUUUGCUUCCUCUUUUUCAAUGUCAUAUACUGGUCUGUCUAUUUAUGAUAAUGAUAAUCCCUUUUUUUAAAAAAAAAUAUGUGCAAUAUACUCCAUUUCAUUACAUCAUGAAGGCCACCUUGCAACAACUAUUUGCAUUUGCAAAACAAUAUACUGAGUAUUAGAAGCCAAAUGUGACUGUAAUGUGUAAGGGAAAAGAGUAGUAUCGUGAUUUUGAAUGAAAGCAUGACACUGCAAUGUCUGUGCUUGACCAACUGUUGUAUAUAAAUGUAUAGCAUACACAUCUUGCUUUAGGAAUAUCUGAAAGACAAUGCAUACUACAUACUGGAGCUGGACAACACUCCCUUGUGACAUAAUCAAGAAUCCAAGGGUUUCUGACAAUGAAAUUGAAGUGCACGCUGAGUAUUAGUAAGAUCAAUAUUCUAGUAUAUGUAGUAUUUUAAAAAAAAAUCUUAUUACUUUCAAGGACAAUACCUAUUUUUUCUUGUAUAAAGUUAAAUGGCACUUUGAAAGAACAAGCUGAUGUUGUAAUUCAAAACAUGUAGACUUUGUAAGUGAUCAAAGUAUAUAUUAUGCUGAUCUGUCUAUGUGAAAAAUAAAGAUCAGAGAAUUAC